UUCCCACAGUAUGGCGGAGGGAGCCGUUGGUCGGAGGGGCGCUUCUUCACGUUUGAACCUAUGUUUCACGUCUUGAUCUGCGUGGGGUGGAUUUCAACUAACGUCAACAUUUUUUAAUCAAACUUGAACGAGCUUGCUCGUUACUGACGCGACGAUGGCGGACCGUGGCGUGGAUUUGGCGGCUUUACCAAAGGAGGUCAAGGACCAGCUAGCGGAGCUGGAGUUGGAGCUCUCAGAAGGUGACAUUACACAGAAAGGCUAUGAAAAGAAACGAGCCAAGCUGCUGGCCCCUUACAUACCACAGACUCAAAACGUGGACCCUGGCCUGCAGACUAUCCAGUUAGCUCCGGGUCCUGGUGCUGACUCCUCACCCAGCCCAGACGCCAUGUCGUCCUCUUCCACCCGCCACCAUCGCUUACAUCGCAGUGGAGGAGCCCGUGAUGACCGCUACAGAUCAGAUAUACAUACAGAGGCUGUGCAAGCAGCACUGGCCAAGCAUAAAGAGCAGAAGAUGGCGCUGCCUAUGCCCACCAAGCGCCGCUCAGCCUUCGUCCAGUCCCCUGUGGAGAACUGCACUCCUCCAGACACGUCUUCAGCCUCAGAAGACGAGGGAUCUCUGCGCCGGCGACAGGCAGCAACACUGGCUCAGAGCCUGCAGAGCUCAGAGUUUUGGAUCAACCGCUCACUCCAGGGCUCGUCCACGUCCUCGUCCGCCUCUUCCACGCUCUCGCAUGGAGAAAGCAGCAAGAGUCAAGGUCACAACCACACCCAAGGCAACGCUCUGGCGGAUGUGCUGGCUCACACUCGCAUAGAUGGCAGCAACGUGCCCCCUGACAUCACCUCCUCAGUGCCCCAGGAGAGAGGCCCCCGUGGGGAGACGGGCACCGGGCCUGCUGUGAAGGGCAUGAGUCGUGGUCAGAGCCGCUCCAGCAUGAUGGACACUGCGGACGGUGUUCCAGUAAACAGUAGAGUCUCCACUAAGAUCCAGCAGCUAUUGAACACCCUGAAGAGACCCAAGCGCCCCCCCCUGAGUGAGUUCUUCCUGGACGACGCUGAAGAAAUCGUAGAAGUGCCUCGGCCCGACCCUAACACGCCACGGCCUGAGGGCCGGCAGAUGGUCCCAGUGAAGGGUGAGCCCCUGGGUGUGGUCAGUAACUGGCCCCCAGCCCUGCAGGCCUCUCUGGCCCGCUGGGGCGCCACACAAGCCAAGAGCCCCGCCCUCACAACCCUGGACAUCACGGGCAAGCCCCUGUACACCCUCACCUACGGUAAACUCUGGAGCCGCAGCCUGAAACUGGCUUACACACUCCUGAACAAACUGGGCACCAAAAGCGAGCCGGUGCUCAGACCUGGAGACCGGGUGGCGCUGGUCUACCCCAACAGUGACCCUGGCAUGUUCUGGGUGGCUUUCUACGGGUGUCUUCUUGCAGAAGUUAUUCCUGUUCCCAUAGAGGUGCCUCUGUCUCGGAAGGAUGCAGGGAGUCAGCAGAUUGGCUUUUUACUGGGUAGCUGUGGGAUCAGCCUGGCUCUCACCAGCGAAAUCUGUCUUAAGGGGCUUCCGAAAACGCCUAAUGGAGAAAUCGUCCAGUUCAAAGGGUGGCCUCGACUCAGAUGGGUGGUCACCGACACCAAGUAUCUUACAAAGCCUUCCAAAGACUGGCAGCCUCACAUACCCACUGCCAACACUGACACAGCUUACAUUGAGUACAAGGCCAGUAAGGAAGGCACAGUGAUGGGGGUGGCUGUGUCUAAAGUCUCCAUGCUGACUCACUGCCAGGCUCUCACUCAGGCCUGUAAUUACUGUGAAGGAGAGACACUGGUCAAUGUUCUGGACUUCAAGAAAGACAUGGGCUUGUGGCAUGGGGUGUUAACGAGUGUGAUGAACAGGAUCCAUACCAUCAGUGUGCCCUACGCCGUCAUGAAAGCAUGCCCACUGUCCUGGGUGCAGAGGGUCCAUGUCAGCAAAGCGCGCGUGGCCCUUGUGAAGUGUCGAGACCUGCACUGGGCUAUGAUGGCUCACCGAGAGCAGAAGGACAUCAAUCUGUCCUCUCUGCGUAUGCUGAUCGUAGCUGACGGUGCUAAUCCCUGGUCAGUGUCAUCAUGUGACGCCUUCUUGAAUGUGUUCCAGUCCCAUGGGCUGAAGCCAGAAGUCAUUUGCCCCUGUGCCUCUUCCCCAGAGGCUAUGACGGUAGCCAUACGCAGGCCUGGUGCUCGUGGUGCCCCUCUCCCUGCCAGAGCGGUCCUCUCAAUGGGAGGUCUUAGCCAUGGAGUGAUCCGCGUCAACACGGAGGACAAGAACUCUGCUCUCACCGUGCAGGACGUGGGCCACGUCAUGCCUGGAGCUUUGAUGUGCAUCGUCAAACCAGAUGGGUCACCCAUGCUGUGUAAAACGGACGAGAUUGGAGAGAUCGUGCUGAACUCCCGGGCCGGGGGCACCAUGUACUACGGCCUCUCUGGAGUUACCAAGAACACGUUUGAGGUCAUUCCCGUCAACUCGGGUGGAACCCCCAUCGGAGAUGUCACCUUCACCCGCACUGGACUCCUGGGCUUUGUGGGACCAGGCAGUCUGGUGUUUGUCGUUGGGAAGACUGAAGGGCUGCUGUUGGUGAGUGGGCGCAGGCAUAAUGCAGACGACCUGGUUGCCACAGCACUGGCCGUGGAGCCUGUCAAAACGGUCUACCGGGGGAGGAUUGCUGUGUUCUCCGUCAACGUAUUCUACGAUGAGCGGAUUGUGAUUGUGGCAGAGCAGAGGCCCGACGCCAGCGAGGAGGACAGCUUCCAGUGGAUGAGCCGCGUGCUGCAGGCCAUUGACAGUAUCCAUCAGGUGGGCUUGUACUGUUUAGCAUUAGUGCCAGCAAACACCUUACCCAAGACCCCCCUGGGGGGCAUCCACGUGUCCGAGACCAAGCACUGCUUCCUGGAGGGCUCACUCCACCCCUGCAACAUCCUCAUGUGUCCACACACGUGUGUGACCAACCUGCCCAAACCCCGGCAGAAACAGCCAGUGGGGGUUGGUCCCGCCUCCAUCAUGGUGGGCAACCUGGUGGCGGGGAAGAGGAUCGCCCAGGCUGCUGGCAGGGAGCUGGCUCUCAUCGAGGACCAGGAGCUGUCCAGGAAGCUCUGUAUGUGGCCUGUGACUAUGCACCAGUUCCUGUCUGAGGCCCUCCAGUGGCGAGCGCAGACCGACCCAGACCAUGUGCUCUUCAUGCUGCUGAAUGCCAAGGGGGCAGCGGUGAGCACAGCCACGUCUUUGCAGUUGCACAAGCGAGCGGAGAAGAUCACUGCCUCCCUGCAGGAGAGAGGAGGCAUCAACACCGGAGACAACGUGGUGCUGCUCUACCCUCCCGGCAUAGACCUGAUUGCUGCCUUCUACGGCUGCCUGUAUGCCGGCUGUAUCCCGGUGACGGUGCGCCCCCCUCACCCACAGAACCUGGCAGCCACGCUGCCUACUGUGCGCAUGAUCAUAGACGUGAGUAAGGCAUCCUGUAUCCUGACCACUCAAGCUCUCAUGAAGACACUACGGUCUAAAGAGGCUGCGCUCAGUGUGAACGUGAAGACUUGGCCCACCAUCAUAGACACAGAUGACCUUUCGAGAAAGCGGCCCCCACACAUCUAUAAACCUCCCACGGCUGAGAUGUUGGCCUACCUGGACUUCAGCGUGUCCACCACCGGCAUGCUGACGGGAGUCAAGAUCUCCCAUGCAGCAGUGAGUGCGCUGUGUCGCUCCAUUAAGCUGCAGUGUGAGCUCUAUUCCUCCAGACAGGUGGCCAUCUGCCUCGACCCCUACUGUGGCCUGGGCUUCGUGCUCUGGUGCAUCUCUAGUGUGUACUCAGGUCACCAGUCCAUCCUGAUUCCACCCAUGGAGCUGGAGAGCUCUCUUCCUCUGUGGCUGAGCACCCUCAGCCAGUACAAGAUCAGAGACACCUUCUGCUCCUACUCAGUCAUGGAGCUCUGCACCAAGGGGUUGGGCACACAGACCGAGGCCCUGAAAGCUCGGGGACUGAACCUGUCCUGCGUGCGGAGCUGUGUGGUGGUGGCAGAGGAACGUCCUCGUCUAACUCUCUCCCAGUCCUUCUCCAAGCUGUUCAAAGAUCUGGGUCUGUCCCCCCGGGCCGUCAGCACCGCCUUUGGCUCCAGGGUCAAUCUGGCCAUCUGCCUACAGGGCACGGCUGGACCGGAUCCCUCCACUGUUUACGUAGACAUGAAAUCUCUCAGACAUGACAGGGUGAGACUGGUGGAGAGGGGAGCUCCUCAGAGUCUACCCCUCAUGGAGUCUGGAACUAUCCUUCCGGGCGUGCGAGUGAUUAUCGUCAACCCAGAGACCAAGGGUCCACUUGGAGACUCUCAUUUGGGCGAGAUCUGGGUGAACAGCCCUCACAACGCCAGCGGCUAUUACACUAUCUACGGGGAGGAGAGCCUGCAAGCCGCUCACUUCAACAUGCGCCUGAGCUUCGGCGAGCCACACACGCUGUGGGCCCGCACCGGCUAUCUGGGCUUCGUCCGCAGGACAGAGCUGCUGGACGCCGCCGGAGAUCGUCAUGAUGCACUGUUCGUGGUCGGCUUGCUGGACGAGACGCUGGAGCUGCGGGGUCUGCGCUAUCACCCCAUUGACAUCGAGACGUCGGUGUCCCGGGCACACCGCAGCAUCGCGGAGAGUGCUGUGUUCACGUGGACCAACUUGCUAGUGGUUGUGGCGGAGCUGAGCGGCUCGGAGCAGGAGGCUCUGGACCUGGUGCCACUAGUCACCAACGUGGUCCUGGAGGAGCACCACCUGAUUGUGGGCGUGGUGGUGGUGGUGGACCCCGGCGUCAUCCCCAUCAACUCCCGUGGCGAGAAGCAACGCAUGCACCUGCGUGACUCCUUCUUGGCUGACCAACUGGACCCCAUCUACGUGGCUUAUAACAUGUGAGCUGGAGCCCCAGACCCCAGGGCACAACGGCUGCGCCUUGUUCCUGGAGAACUGCUCACAUUGGAAGCACGGCACUCCCCAAAACCCACCCAUGACCCCACCCCCUCGCUUCCAGGCACGUGUGGCCGUGGAGGUGAGACCUCAAGUGGGCAUAGUCUCCACUGUCAUCUGUGUUGGCUCCCUCCCCUCUGCCCAGUCUAGUUGCUCUUGGAUAAUGUGAUCGUUGCUGUGGCCUCAGGCACUCAGCACCAUGGACUUCUUGGGCUGCCUGAUCUUCUCUUCUAGGCUUCUGAACUUCCAGAGAUUGGUGCUCUUCUCUCUUUGUUAGUAUCCUCGUCCGCAAUAACAGGCAAAAUCGUCCUGGUUCGUGAUGCCAUGUUUUUAACUUGCGACUCAGUUUGCUGUCUUUAUCCUGCUCCAAACAGCUGGUGACAGGACUGCUUGCGGUUGCCUCUUUGUUGAGUCAAUUCCACUGGCCCAAAAAAGACUUUCAGCUCUGUUCUCUGACUGGACAGAAUACUGGAGGGACUAACGUGAAACUUCUCCUUGCACUUUAUCCUCCUCCUUCACCCCCAGCCCCACCCCCACUACAAGCCCCAAGCUUUUGAGCCUUUUUAGAAGGGGGUGGGUGGGUAUGUCUUUAAUUUUUCAUUCUGGUAGUGCAAGCAGUUUGUCUGGUGAUUUGUUUUUGUCCAUCUGGGAGAGAAAAAGCACUUCUGAGCAAAGGAGGGUCCCCGAAACCUCCUCACCUGAAAGUGUCAUCACCAGCUACCAUCUGCUUUCAUUCCUGCCUCACAGGGACCUCACUGCGCUCCACUCGUUAGCGCAGAAAAUGGCCAACUCUCUCUCCAGAAGGGCUUUUGAAGAACGCCUGACUCCCAUAGGUGCUCACCUCCUGCUCACUAGCGCCAUUUCUCCCCUGCUGGACAAAUCAGGUGGAUGUUGGAGUGUUAACUGUCACCAGCAUUGGCUGUGCUAGUUUUAUGGAGCUUCUGAGCUGUUCUCAUGCAAAUUUGUUUGAUCAUACAUCACCUUCUCAGAGCUACUAGUUGUCUUAAUGUUGAAACUCAAAGGUUUACACACAAACCUCGUUAUAUUUGCUCACAAUAGAAAAUAUUUUGUAAUUGAUAUCGCCAACAGUUAUGCACAGCAUUCAAUAACCAAUGUGAGAUGCAGAUUUUAAAACACUCACAGGAAGCACAAGCUGAUCUGAAGAGACUGGAUUUGUAUCAAGAGAUUUAUAUGCAUUGAUAACAUACACAUAAGGUCAAAGAAAACUUUCAAGAUAAAGUCCAUGCCUUAUGAAACCUGUGGAAGUUUUAAUUUUUAUAUGUUUUAUCAUUUUAUUCUUAUUGCUGUAAUUAUACUUUGUACUGAUAUCAAAGGGACUUUGGAAUGUUUAAAACACAGAAGGCUUUGGUAAUUGUAGUGUCUCACUGGUGUUGACAUAUAAUCACAUGGACAUGUAAACAAGUCCCAUAAACUUGACUGAUCUCUAAUACUUGAUGCCAAUUCUCUGCAUCACUGGCUUAAACAGAGCCAUAAAUUAAAAAAACAAAAACAAAAAAAAACUGUUUUACACAGGCUAAAAAACAGAGUUCUGAUUUUGCACCUUCUGUCCUGUACCUUCCCUGGACUCUUGUGCUAUAGUCUUCUGAACUUCAUUAGUGUCUGUAUGUACAUGUCUGUGGGGACCUGUUUCUUUUCCUGUUCCAUCAUAAUGGCAGUAUUGUUUUAAUUGCAUUGUCAUUUCCCCCUCACAAUAAUGGAAUUUAAGUAAUAUUUAAAGGAAGAUUGUAGUUAACCAGCUCUACUUUUCUGUUUACAUCUGGUUCUGUUUCGUCCUAGAGCAGAAGACAACAUUUGUUUAUUCGUUUAGUACAGGGUUGUGACUUUUUUUUAACACAUGAAACAUUUAAAUGAGCCUGUCGGCAUUAUUAACAUAUCUUCAAAAACAUUUGUACAGUUUAAUCUUUAGGAUAAGAGGUUUUUUUACUGUGUAUUCAUCAUUGACAGCUGCUAAUUAUUUGUUUACUGUGUUUAGGGGCACAUCCAACUGGGAUAGUUUGUUAAUAAUUCACCCUGAAUCUUAGUGCCCUUUAUAGACCUGUUCUGACAUGCCACAUAUAAAACUGUAGGGGAUUCUUUAUUUUCCUGUCCUUUGUUUCCGAGCAGGGGGAUGUGGAGUAGCAAAUUCAUUAAUUUCAAUGCCUAGCUGAAUGCCAAUACACAAAUUUAAUUAAAUGUCAGUGUCUUUCAAAUGCA